AUGGCACACCGAGACCUCGUCAUUUCAUUCCCUUUUGGUGAGAUGUCUAUCACACUCGACAAUGUCUUGUGUUUGCUACAUCUUCUAAUUAGGGGGAAACUUCUAGAUCAUGAGAGGAUUAGUAAAGACGAGGCACUCGAGUUGAUGGUAGACUAUGUAGGAGUUGACACAGAGGUUGUGAUGUCGGAGAUGGAGAGAACCAAAGGGGCUCAUGCUAGGUUUGAAUUCCUGAAAAAGGUAUAUACAUAUGAGCUCCUUAGAGCACAACAUGCUAGAGGUGAUAAUGAGCAGGUGGGACUCCAUAAAGUGUAUGCUAUUAUAGCAUACCUGCUAUAUUUGGUUGGCAUUGCGAUUUUUGUGGACAAGAGUGCUACUUAUACAGAUCUCGUCUACCUACGGUACUUUGAGGACUUCAAGCGGAUCCAUGAGUACAACUGGGGGACCACUUGUUUGGUCUACUUGUACUCGAAGUUAUCAGAGGGCUGUAGGUGCAAGAUGAAGCAGGUCAUAGGAAGCAUCUGUUGGUGUAAGCCCUAG